CGAGCAGACUGCAGCUGAACGGCGCAUUUGGUGAGAGGUUGGGAAGGCGGUCGGGUCUGCUCGUUGAUGAACCUCUCCGGUACUCGAAUCCACAUCCACGUUUGAGUUUUAUCCACCUGAGCUUGACGGCACAGAAGCGUUGAAGAGUACUAAAAGACGGCUCGGACAUCGGCAAACACAGAAGGUUGAGAUAUGGCAACGACAACCUGUACGCGCUUUACCGACGAGUACCAGCUUUACGAGGAACUUGGAAAGGGAGCCUUCUCAGUCGUGCGACGUUGCGUCAAGCUGUGCACAGGCCAAGAGUUUGCUGCCAAAAUCAUAAACACCAAAAAGCUUUCUGCAAGAGAUCACCAGAAGCUCGAACGAGAAGCUCGUAUCUGUCGUCUGCUCAAGCAUCCCAACAUCGUUCGGCUCCAUGACAGCAUAUCAGAGGAGGGCUUUCAUUAUCUCUUAUUUGACCUUGUGACGGGUGGAGAGCUGUUUGAAGAUAUCGUAGCAAGGGAAUAUUACAGCGAAGCUGACGCCAGUCAUUGUAUCCAUCAGAUUCUCGAGAGUGUCUGUCACAUUCACCAUCAUGAUAUAGUGCACAGGGACCUGAAGCCUGAGAACCUGCUGUUGGCCAGUAAGUGUAAGAACGCAGCCGUUAAGCUGGCCGACUUUGGCCUGGCCAUCGAGGUGCAGGGAGACCAACAGGCCUGGUUCGGGUUCGCUGGAACGCCAGGUUACCUCUCCCCAGAAGUGCUUAGAAAGGAAGCUUACGGCAAACCUGUGGACAUUUGGGCAUGUGGAGUUAUUCUGUAUAUUCUGCUGGUGGGUUAUCCUCCAUUUUGGGAUGAAGACCAACACAAACUCUACCAACAGAUCAAAGCCGGCGCUUAUGAUUUUCCUUCACCGGAGUGGGACACGGUCACGCCUGAAGCCAAAAACCUCAUCAAUCAAAUGUUGACCAUCAAUCCAGCGAAAAGAAUCACAGCCCAGGAGGCCCUGAAGCAUCCGUGGGUCUGCCAACGAUCCACUGUGGCAUCCAUGAUGCACAGACAAGAAACGGUCGAGUGCCUGAAGAAGUUCAACGCUAGGAGGAAACUCAAGGGCGCGAUUUUGACAACAAUGCUGGUCUCGCGAAAUUUUUCCGUGGGCAGGCAGACCACGGCUCCGGCCAGCGUCUCUGCGGUUGCGGCAGCCGCUGCGGCAGGUACCACCACCAGUCUGGUGGAACAAGCAGCCAAGAGUCUGCUCAGCAAGAAGGCCGAUGUCAAGAAACGGAAAUCCAGCUCUACUGUUCAGUACAUGCCACAGUCAAACAGCACCAAAAACAGCAUAGUCACCAGCCCCAAAGGAUCCGUCCCCUCUCCUGCUCUGGAACCUCAGACCACUGUUAUCCAUAACCCAGUGGAUGGGAUCAAGGAAUCUUCAGACAGCAGCAACACCACAAUUGAGGAUGAAGAUGUCAAAGGGAAAACCCUAGAUAGCAGUUCAGUUAAAGCCCCAUCUGAAGUCAGUCAAUCAACUCUGGGCUCCGCCCCUUCCAUUUUCUCCUCCAAGCUGAGUGAUGUCCUGGGCUGCGCACGCAGGGGUUCGGGACCUGCAGCCGUACCUGACAGCGAACCCAUCAGCCGUUCGGUUCCCUCUCCUCCACACAACCCUGUAACGCAAACCCGGUUCACAGAUCUGUUAAGCGGCUUGGGCCGCUCACCCGCCCCACAACCACAAGCGGAUUCGACUUCUUCUCGAACCUCUGCCCCUCCUCCCCAGCCCUCUUAUUCCCUGACUCCGCCCCCUUCUGGGCUCUCUGUGUCAGCGCCGACUCGCAAGCAAGAGAUUAUCAAGAUUACAGAACAGCUGAUAGAAGCCAUCAAUAAUGGUGACUUUGAGGCCUAUGCGAAAAUCUGUGACCCUGGAUUGACCUCCUUUGAACCUGAGGCUUUGGGGAACCUGGUUGAGGGCAUGGACUUCCAUAGAUUUUAUUUUGAUAACUUGCUGUCAAAGAACAGUAAGCCCAUCCACACCACCAUCCUAAAUCCUCACGUGCACCUGAUCGGAGAAGAUGCCGCCUGCAUCGCAUACAUCCGCCUCACCCAGUUUGUAGAUGGGCAGGGACGGCCGCGCAGCAGCCAAUCAGAAGAGACCCGUGUGUGGCACCGCCGCGACUCUAAAUGGCAGAAUGUUCAUUUCCACUGCUCUGGCGCACCGGCCGCUCCUCUCCAGUGAAGAGGAGCCAUGGUAUGGAUGUAUGAGGGCCCCUAAUGGAGGUGAAGGACAGGGACAACUUAAAGGGAUGGUCGCAGGGGUCCAGCGUCGGAGCGCUCUGAAAUAUCCAGCUAUCCAACUCUGGACACAGCCGUCCUCCACUGCAUGCGAACCACCAGUUCUCUCUGUCUACCCUGCUGCUCUCAAUAAAACAUCCAGACACCAUCAGACCCUUCAAUUCUGACUCCGGCUCAGCCCAGCAUGCUACCAAUUAUCUUAAAGCCAAGACUUAUUACAUACGCAAGAACAACACCGCACACAUCAAUCAUCAAGAGCAAUCAUAGACUUCAGGUUUUCACCUAGAAUUAUAACCUGCACGAUUGCCUUUAUUCCCCCACAAUCCUUUGCGCUCCACUUUUAUCCUCACUGGCCUUAUGCCCCCUACGACGCCCGUGCACUAAAUACAGUAGAUCACGUUUGAAUAAAAUGUUAUUAUUAUAUUAAUUGUAUUUAUUAUUGUUACUACAAUUAUUAUGAUUACUUAUGUCAGAAUUCUUAGUAUCGCUGUUGUUCUAUUGAGAUUGUAUAUUUGAUGGUCGAAUUACUUAUGUUGAUGUAACCGUUCUGUUGUUAAUAACUUUUUUAAGCAUGGAUUUUCUGACUUUUGGCUGAUCUUAAAGGAAGGUAACAGGACAUGUGUUGAUGGGAAGGGUUUUUGGUCACCGUAAUCAGUAUUUGUGUUACCUGCUUUUUUUAAAUGGCACUGACUCGUGAUGUUUUAUCCAUCAUGCUCUUUGAGGCAGCUGACAUCAUUGCACUUUUGUGUUUCGCCUCAUUCUGGUAUAUCUCCAGGUUGCCAAAAUGGACUUCUUUUACACUAUUUCUCUCGAAAUCUCACUGUAGUGUGAUUGAAUAAACUAUCAGUAUCCUCCUUAAUAUCUUCGGCCCAUGCAUGGCGACCAGCGGUUUAUGUGCCGAUCUGGUCAGAGAAGUUUUAUAUACAAGUCUUGUUAAAAGUUAUUGAAUUGAUGGUCUGUCAGAUUGUUGGGAUGUGCGGUUUACUUAUUUCACGUAAAGACAGAAUAAAGGUUUUUGGAAGAAUAUUUUUCCAUCUGCUCUAUGAAAUAAGCUUGUUUUUCAAUGAAUUUUGCAGGAGAGAGGAGAUGAGUUGUGAGAAUAAUGCAUGUUUUGGGCUUUUAUUCUUAAAGCAGUUAAAUUUGCUGCUGUUUGCUAGGCAAGUAUGUCUGAAAGAGAGAUGGAGAUUUAAAUAGCCAUUUUGGUUACCAUGGUGAUCAGCAUCCUGUGCAUUUUCCUAAUUGAUACGUUUUUUAGAAGUUUCUAACUCUGUCAGAAAAAUCAUGUUAUUCACAUCGAUUUUUUUAUUGUUUUGCUUUUUUCUGUAUAUGCAGGGUUUUUAAUUUGUUAUAUGUAUUAUUUAUGUGGUAUAAUUAAGCCAGUUUUGUCAUCUUUUUGUUUUUUCCUUUUGUGUGUGUGUGUGUGCGUUUGGUGCAUUGCAACGGUACUGCUUUGAUGCAUGUCUACCUGACAUUUCGAAUGUGAAAACAAUGAAUAUAUUAAAGUGUUGAACGCACAGUUUGAGUGAAAAUUGGCAGUAGACUUUUUAAAAGAUCAGCAGAUGUUGUUUUUCUUUUAUCUACAGAUGGAAAGUUACUCUGUCAGUAGCAGAGUUUAUGAAGAACCUCAUGUUUGUUGAUUUAAAGAGAACACGGGGGUCUGGCUAGAUUUGAGGGCUUCCUGACAACUGGUACUGUUAGUUUUUGAUGUCCUGUCAAAAUAUUGUAUUCAAAAAGUACCCCUUCGUUGGGGCUGCUCAUUGGGGAGUAGUUUGUAUUUAAUGUUGAAUUUAUUUUCACUCUGAAAUGUUUUAUUUUUGAAGUUUGUUUUAAUAGACCCUGAGUUUUGGUCGCAGGGGAAACUUGAUGUAAAUGAUGACGAAUGCACUGCAGCGAACACAUGUAAAAACAGCAAAUGCGAGCCGCAUGUCAAGAAACCGGUGAUGUUACUUUCUUUUGUGUGUUUUAGUUACAAUUACAAAAGUUUAGCAAAAUGGAUAUGUUGUAAAACUACUGCUACAUAGUGUUAACUUAUGAUAAGUGGCAAUGAUAUUUGCAUGAUCUUCAAUUUUACUAAAUUUACAUUUUUGUGAUUUUUUUCUUUUUUUUCUUUGUUUUUUACUGAAUGCUGGUGUUUCUAUAUAUUUUUGAGCUUUGUAAGUGCAUAUAACUAUUUUUGUCUAAAAAUGAUGACUAUAGCUAUUAAUGAUAAUGACUAUAUCAUGGUAAAACUUAUUAUUAUUCUGAUUGUAUGGCAUGCUUUUGUAAAGGCAUUUGUUGUUGUUGAUUGAGCCCAUAUAAAAUGUGAAAUAAUGAAAUGUGUUUAAUACAUUGGGUGAUAACUGCAUUCACAUUAGGUCACGUUAUGCAUGUGUUAUUAAGAAUUGCAUUGUGCUUUUUGGAUGCCAGACUACAAAAGGGACCUCGAACAAUGUAUGACUUGUGUCAUAACAAAUGACUUAUGCGCUUUGCAGGUACUAUAGCGUAAAUGCCCUUUAGAUGGCGCUAUUUACCACAAUGAAAAUACUAUUUGUUACAGUAUGAAAGGGAUUACAAAAUCUAUAAGGAAUGAAAGCAUAUUUGCAGUUGCAUAAUUUUCUGGGGAAACACCAUCUUAUGAAAAGAUCAUGCACUAAAAGUGAAUGGAUUCAAUGUUUAGUAUAUGAAACAUAAGCCAUAAUAUAGAUAUAUGGACACUGGAAUCAACAGGAUUAUUUUCAGAAUAGUAGCCAUGAUCUGAUCAAAUGUGAGUGAUUUUAUCAUUACUGUACUGUAAACCAUUACGAGUGAGUGAGUGAGCUGCUCUAACAAUGUCAAGCCAAUAGUUAUUUGUAGUGUUCACAUUUUCUCACAGUGUCCUUUUUCAGAUCUUUUGCUUAAAUCUGAGUUUUACUUUUUUUUUU